AAAAUUAUUUAAGCUUGUUACCGGGUAGUAAUUUUUAUUUAUAGAUGCAUUUCAAUAUCAAAUUAAAAUCGAAAAUGAAACUAAUAGUAGCCUUGUUACUUGUAACGGCCUUUGCUUCUGCAAGAUUGAUCAAUGAACAAAAUGUCAUCAUCAAUCCGAUUCCGGGAGGCUUGAGUGGAGUCGGUACCACCACACGUUACUGGGACUGUUGUAAACCAACAUGUGCCUGGCCUGGAAACGUAGAAUACAAGACACCGGUUAAAGCAUGCCAAGCCGAUGGAGUAACUGCCAAUGAUCCCGAAAAUGAAUCUGGAUGCGUUGGUGGUCAAUCAUAUAUAUGCACCGCUCAAAGUGGUUUCGCUAUAAAUUCAUCUUUAGCUUAUGGAUUCGUAGCAGCUCGCUUCCACGGUACUACUAGAAACAUGUGUUGUUCGUGCGUUUUAUUCACGUUUCAACCCGCCGAAUUAGCUGGAAAACAGAUGUUGGUACAAGUUACAAAUACGGGAAACGCACCGGAAACGGAAACUAAUUUAUUCGAUAUAGCCAUGCCUGGAAGUGGAGUGGGAUACUAUACGGAAGGUUGUACAACUCAAUGGAACAGCGACGUGCAUAAUUGGGGUGAUCAGUACGGAGGUGUUAAUAGCGAAGCUGAAUGUUAUAAUCUCCCUCAACCCCUAUGGGAAGGUUGCGCUUUUAGAUUUAAGUGGAUGUUGGGUUAUUCUAAUCCAGAUGUCAGUUUUCAAGAAGUUGAAUGUCCUAAUGAAUUAUUGAGUAUUAGUGGAUGUUCUCCAAUAUCUCAUCCAUAAAUAAUAAUAAUAAUAAUCAAAACAAUAAAUUAAUAUGAAAA